CUGUCGUUGGGGGCGGCGUAGCAGCGGCCGUCAUGGCGGCGGAGCUGAGAUUUGGCCUGCUUCUUUUCUUGUCGCCGCUUCGGGCAGUCGAGCCCAGCACCGAGUUCCCGUCCAGCUCAGAAGCGCCAUCGAAGACCCGUGCUACCGCUUGGGAGCGGGGUCGUAGCGGGCCGGCCCCGCUCACGGACGUUGCCAAGCUGUGUGUUUGUGAUCUGCUGGUGGCACAGUGUGAUAUAAAUUGCUGUUGUGACCCUGACUGCAGUGCAGCAGAUUUCAGUCUCUUUACUACGUGUUCAGUUCCAGUUGUCACAGGUGACAGCCGUCUUUGUAGUCAGAAAGCUGCCAUAUAUUCACUUGAUACUGAAGCAAAUCCACCAGAAAGAGUUUUUAAAUUAGUUGACCAUGUAAAUCCCAGUGUUUUCUGCAUUCAUGCUACAAACUAUGAACAAGCACUCUCCUUUAGCUCCCCUGAAAUACCUACUGCUGAAAAUUUUGAUCAGCUGCUUAGAAAGUAUGGAAGGGCUACUUUCAGUGCUGAGCCCGACAGCUGGAGUAUGAACUCAGAUGCUUCAGAUUCUUCUGAUGCAAAUGAAAGUUACAGAUAUGAGUAUGGGGUUCCUAUACAGACGGUGGAUGCUUUUCUCAGGCUGCCAAGUCCUGUCGUCUCCUCUUGGUGCUCUGAUGCAAACCCUGCAGGGUUCUUAGUGCAGCAGGCUACAAAAUGCAUUCGAUCAAUCAGCGUGGAAAACUGUGGCAACAUUGAAGCAGCUACUAUGCUUUUUUACAUCAACUCCAGCAUUUUAGCAGUGCCUAAAUCAAGUCAGAUGGUUAACAUUACUGUCCGGUCCGUAGUUGUCCAGUCUCUGAAUGGAAUGCAGACUUUACUUAACAGCAGUGAUGUCCUCAGGCACCCUGUGAUUUUGAAUGAACUAUGCAUAAAUGUAGUUCUUGGGGUGAGUUAUCAUAUUACAUACACAGACACAGGAGAAAUAACAGAAGCAGCUGCUUCUUUUGUCUUGGGAGCAGUUAACAAAGAAGCACUCUCAAUACAACAGAGCUUUGAAAUCAGCUUUACUCAGGUGAAUACAAAUCCAGUUCCUUUCAGUGGUAAUCCUGGUUAUGUUGUUGGACUGGCUGUAAGAGCAGGCUUCAAGCCACAAGGAUCAGGCAUCAUUCAGAGUACCAACAAAUACAGUCAGCUCACUAUUCUGCAAAGCACAGCCAACCAAGAUUGUCUCACAGCACAGGAAGCCAGAACCCCAGUGUUAUUUGGUUACAACAUGAUAUCAGGCUGUAAGUUACGAAUUACAGCAGCUAUGAAUUGCCAGCCCUUGGCUCAGAUCCUCCUGGAUUUACUGAUGGGACAAAGCUUUCCUGAAUAUGUGGCCUCAUUUGGAAAUUCUCAAGCCCAGGAUGUGCUUGACUGGGUGCCAAUAACUCACCUUCGCAUCUCAGAACAGAGCUCCUGCCAAAUACCAGCAGCACUUGACAUAGAAGUGAAGUGGACUAAAUACGGAUCCCUAGUCAACCCACAAGCCAGAAUAGUAAAUGUUACAGCAACAAUCACUACUACUACAUUGAAGCAGCUUCCUCUGGGAAGAGAAAGGACUAUUCCUGUAACAAGUUCUGUUGUUUUCACUGAUAUUUCUUCACCUGCAGAACCAGGCUAUAAAGCUUGGCCCACCAUUAAUGCCAAGUUACCCCAUGACUUUUUCUUCCCAUUUGUCUAAGGUAAGUGCCCAAGCCAAAAAAAAAAAAAAGGAUAAAAAGCUAAUUAAUUUCUUUUUCUAUUUUUAAUCCAUUUCCCAAAGAAGCAAGGUUUAUCCAGUCACUGUGCUGGCCAGCCUUUCCUUCCAAACUGUAGGCAUGCCGAAUUAAAAACUGUUCAAUAGAAGAAAAGGUGAGUGAGCCCUCCUGAGGGUUCUCAAAAGCUUUAAGGCAGGGGAAAAAAGAGAAAGAAGCAUGAGUGAUGAGUUGCACCAAUUGCACUUCUGCUGGGAGGAAAAAAUGUUGCACAUGAGCUUCUUGGGGGCUGCAAGCUGGCCUGUCAGCACACAUUCAGCCAGCAGCUGGGCACUCUGAGCUCACCCCAGAUCAAUGGUCUGGGGCUCACAGCAAGCAGGCAGAAAGGGAAAGAAAGGGAAGGAGCACAGCUCCAUAGGAAACUAGGCUUUAUUAUUCUGUGAACAGCAGAGCUAAUUGUUAAUUAAUCAUGUGGCAUUAGAUAAGGCCUCCGCUUUAUCUGUUUCUAUAGAUGAAUGAGAUACACAUUCCUGGUUAUUUUCCCCAAAUCACUAAUUUGUUACAUUUCUUUUUAAAAAUGUGAACAGUUAAAUGAUGCUUUCAGAAGAGUUCAGUGACCCUCCAGCUGGCUGUGGCUAAAAUCAAUUGGAGAAGCCUGCUGCAGUCAACACCUUUUGAAAUUCCUAUUCCUCAAAUCUCACUCUUUAACUAUAAAAUACCCCAGGGCUGCCAGUACCUGAACAAGUUGACAUGGUAUUCAGACACCAGCCUAGUCCUUUAGAAUGUGCUUCCUAAUUUAUUUUUCUAACUGUUCCCAGAAGUCCACUCACCUAGAUCUUGUCUUACAGAUUCCUUUAAUGUGUUGAUUUAUGAGCUGUGGAAGCAGAUGACUUUGUAGCCCAGCAGGCUGCAAACGAACACUUAAAUGGAAGAAGAGAUGAUAGAAUACAGGAUCAGAACUCAGAUCUGUUGAGAAUCAAGCAUUGUUUGACAUAAGAUGGCAUGUGUUUGCCUCCAUUUUGGUGCUCAUGUGAUUGCCAGCUAAAGAAGUCAGAUUACAUAAAUAAUGAAGUGGCACAAGCAGCAACAGAAAAUGAAUCAACCAGCAGCGUGAAAAAGAACUAUUAGCAAAGAAGAGAUGUAGCAGUGGUGAAUGGUCAGCUGUGAGAGAUGAAAUGACCUUUCCAGCCUGGAUUCUUACGUCUGCUACAGCAAGUUUCUACAAGGUGAUGCAAAACAAAGAACCUUAUCACUGAAAAACAGAAUUCCUUGAAAUGAGUGGUACUUCCUGAAUGUACAGCUUGUAAAGUUGUGUCUUUAUUAAAUUAUUUUGCACUUGUCUGUA